AUGCAACAUGAAGUGUCCUUGUACGAUUUCAGGGAUGGUCGCUACUCAGUUGUUUCAAGAGAUGAAACAAAUGGUGACGGUGGAAACGAGUACACCAUUGAAUACAUACGCAGGCGGUGCACAUGCGGGAAAUGGCAAAUGCUUAGAUUCCCUUGUUCCCAUGCUAUCGCUGUUUGCGCUUGGAGGGGUGACCAACCACAUAACGUUACCAAUUCCAAAUUCCACACGACCACCUAUCAGGAACAGUAUAGCGGUCAUUUUUACACCCUAGGACACAAAGAAGAGUGGGAAGAACCGCACUGGACAAUUCAAGGGGACCCUUCGAGGGUUACAACACAUCGAGGUAGGGUUCGUUCAAGAAGAAUUCAAAAUGAGAUGGAUGUCAACUACCAAGAUGAACCCUAG